CACCCUGCAACUACGCAACAUCCGCCGCUAGGGGGCGCGCUCGGCCCACGGCAGCGGGACGUGUCGGGGCACGCGCAGCCGACAGCUGAAUGCGUCUGUUGGCCGAGCAGUGCGGGCUCACUCGCGCGGGGGGGGGGUUGCUGAAAAGUUCACGGUUUCCCCUCAGCGGGAGUCAGUAAAAUGUGUCACCCGUACUUCAACGGGAGGAAAACGCUUGUGAAAGCUCACUGAAGUAGAGAAGAAGAACAUGGCAGCCUCUGAACUUUACUCCAAGCACGCCCGUGUCUGGCUCCCAGAUGCAGCAGAAGUGUGGAAGUCAGCAGAGCUUCUCAGAGAUUACACCCCAGGCGACCUGGCGCUGUCCCUGCAGCUGGAGGAUGGCACGAGAGUGGAACACAAAAUAGACUCCCGAACCAAUAACCUGCCACCACUAAGGAACCCCAAUAUCCUGGUGGGGGAAAACGACCUGACGGCCCUCAGCUACCUUCAUGAGCCAGCAGUGCUACACAACCUUAAAGUGCGCUUUAUCGACUCCAAGUUGAUUUACACAUACUGCGGAAUUGUCCUUGUUGCCAUUAAUCCGUAUGAGAAUCUACCAAUAUUUGAACAUGACAUCAUUAGUGCCUAUAGCGGGCAAAAUAUGGGGGAUAUGGACCCCCACAUCUUUGCAGUUGCUGAAGAAGCCUACAAACAAAUGGGCAGGGAUCACAGAAAUCAGUCCAUCAUAGUCAGUGGUGAAUCAGGGGCUGGCAAAACGGUUUCUGCCAAGUACGUGAUGCGCUACUUUGCUACAGUCAGCUGCUCCAGCGGGGAGGACAAUGUGGAGGAGCGAGUUCUAGCAUCCAGUCCCAUCAUGGAGGCCUUUGGGAAUGCGAGGACGACGAGGAAUGACAACAGCAGUCGUUUUGGGAAGUACAUUGAGAUUGGCUUUGACAAGCAGCACUCUAUAAUUGGAGCUCACAUGAGAACCUAUUUGCUGGAAAAGUCUAGAGUUGCUCGUGGAGAAAGGAACUACCAUAUAUUUUACCAGCUCUGUGCCUCCUCACAUGUACCAGAGUUCAAAACCUUCAAGUUAGGUUGUGCAGAGGACUUCCACUGCACCAACCAAGGUCAGAGUCCGACCAUAGAUGGAGUGGAUGAUUUAAAAAACAUGAAGAGCACUAGAAGAGCUUUCUCACUCUUAGGAAUAGGUGAAAAGGAUCAAAUGGAAAUCUACCAAAUUCUCUCAGCUAUUCUGCAUCUCAGCAACACAGAAGUGAAAGAGCAAUCAGCAGACAGAUGCAGCAUCUCGCCAGACAAUGCGCAUCUGAUGGUUUUCUGUGAGCUGAUGGGGGUGCCUUGUGAAGAAAUGUCCCACUGGUUAUGCCACAGGAAACUUAAGACAACCACAGAGACCUUUGUCAAGCCUGUUUCCAAAAUGAAUGCGGUCCAUGGCAGAGAUGCCCUUGCCAAACAUAUUUAUGCCCGAGUCUUCGGCUGGAUUGUGGGAUGUAUUAACAGUGCUUUACAAUCGGCUGUGAAGCAACACUCAUUUAUUGGCGUGCUUGACAUUUACGGGUUUGAAACAUUUGAUGUGAACAGCUUUGAACAAUUUUGCAUCAAUUAUGCCAAUGAGAAGCUUCAGCAACAGUUCAACCUGCAUGUAUUCAAACUGGAGCAAGAGGAGUACAUGAAAGAGGAGAUCCCAUGGACAUUGAUCGAUUUCUAUGACAACCAGCCUUGCAUUAAUCUCAUUGAGGCCAAGCUGGGUGUCCUGGACCUUCUGGAUGAGGAGUGCAAGAUGCCCAAAGGUUCUGACGACACAUGGGCUCAGAAGCUGUACAACACCCUCCUGAGGCAGAACACUCACUUUGAUAAACCCAGGUUAUCAAAUAGUGCUUUCAUCAUCAACCACUUUGCUGACAAGGUGGAGUACCAAUGUGUUGGCUUCCUGGAGAAAAAUAAGGACACGGUGAAUGAGGAGCAGAUAAAUGUGCUGAAAAAAAGCAAGUUUGACUUACUGCUCAAGCUGUUUGAGGAUGAUGACAAGUCCUCAGCCAAUAAAAAUACUGGCACUGCUGGAAAAGCUGGGCCAACUCAGAAGGAUAAUAAGAAGACUGUUGGCCUGCAGUUUCGACAGUCUCUGCAUUUGUUGAUGGAGACACUGAAUGCGACGACUCCUCACUACGUUGGACCCUCUGAGAGCUGUGCAGCAGCUUCGAGCAUGCGGUAUCCUAGAAACAAUCCGGAUCUCAGCAGCAGGCUUCCCAUCGAGGUGGACCAUGAGAAGUACCAGUUUGGCAAAAACAAGAUCUUCUUCAGGGCUGGUCAGGUGGCCUAUUUGGAGAAACUUCGCUCUGACAAGCUGCGUUUAGCCUGUGUCGCCAUUCAGAAGACCAUCCGCUGCUGGCUGGCCCGGAAAAAGUAUCUAAGGCUGAGAGAGUCUGCCAUUACCAUUCAGAAAUAUGUACGAGGUCAUCAGGCACGUGGUUAUGUCACAUUUCUGCGGCAAACCAGAGCAGCUGUCGUUAUUCAGCGCAACGUGCGAAUGUCGGCGAGUAGGAGACUCUACCGGCUGCAGCGCUCUGCUGCUAUCACUAUUCAGUGCUGCUGGAGGGCCCACAUGGCAAGAGAGCAGUACUAUAAGUUGAUGUUUGAGCAAAAGGCAGUGGUCAUUCAGAGGUGGGUGAGAGGCUGGCUUGCUAAGCAGCAUUACAGACGCACUGUGGCCGCCAUCAUCCUGCUGCAGAGCUGUGUACGCCGCAUGAUGGCCAAGAAAGAUUUAAAGAAGCUGAAAGUGGAGGCACGUUCUGUGGAACACUUUAAGAAGCUCAAUGUCGGCAUGGAGAAUAAGAUUUUGCAGUUACAAAUGAAGGUCAACCAACAGCAUAAAGAAAACAGAGAGCUCACUGAGAGUCUGAGCGUUCUGGAGAGAUCCCACACGGCUGAGCGAGAUAAACAGAGCAGGGAGAUAGAAAACCUACGUAAGUCGGAGCAGGAAGCCAAAGUCAGAGCAGAGAAAGUUCCCUCUCUGCUGGAACAGCUUUCCAUCCUUAAGCAUGAGCUGGAAGACAGCCGCAGAGAGAAAGAAGAGCUGGACGAGCAGAUAAAGAUCUACAAGGAGCAGACACAACAGACUUUAGAAGAACUUAAUAUGAAGAACAAAUUGUUGAUGAGCAACAUAGAUGAACUGAGCAAGGAAAUCCUAACACAAACUCAGCAGCUGACAGAGAUUAAAACCAACUCUGAAAACACCAAACAGCUGGAGAAGGACUUAGCUGAGGAACGUUCUCGCUACCAAAGUCUGCUGAGUGAACAUCUACAUUUAGAGGAACGGCACAGAGAUCUGAAGGAGAUGAGUCUUCGUACAAAUUCUAACAGAUCUACCCUAAAGAGGACAGACUCCAACUACAGCAGUAACUCAUCUGAGUUGUCUCAGAGUUUGGACUCCACAGAGGGCGAGGACAGCUGCGUACAAACAGAGAAUGAGACUCAGAAAACAGUGGACCUGCCUCUCCUUCUCAAGCUUCAGAGAAGAGUGAAAGAAUUAGAGCAGGAAAAUCGGUCACUUUGGCAGCAGCUGGAUAAAAAAGAGGAAGCCCAACAACAAAAGGCAAAAGAGGUGGAGAAGCAGAAAAGUGUUGGCAGAACAGAACUGGAUUUGGAAACUCUGAAGCGACAAGAACUGGAGUCUGAGAACAAGAAACUGAAGCAGGAUCUAACUGAGCUGCGAAAGUCUUUGACCAGUGAAAGUGGUGAUUUGGCGCCCCCUGUUCCAGGUUCUUUGCCCUACAACACACUGCUGGACCACCUGACUUCCUCCAAUGAGGAGCUGGAGAUGCGAAAAGAGGAGGUGCUGCUCCUCCGCUCGCACAUGGUUCGCCAAGAGGCUCUCAAACACAGAGACUCUAUGCUGGGUGAAUCGGUGAAGCUUGAUCUCAGUGAAAUUCCAUCAUAUCAAGAUGUUGACCGGUCCAAUGACAUACAUACUCUGAAUGAGGAUGGUGAGCUGUGGCUGGCUUAUGAAGGACUGAAAGAGACCAACAGACUUUUGGAAUGCCAGAUGCAGAACCAGGAGCGCCAGCACAAUGAGAGGUACGGCAAGCUUGCUGAGGAGGUGAACAAGCUGAAGAAAGAAAAGGAGAAGCAGCAAAAGUUGUUGGCUCAGACCCUCCUCCUGCCUGAAAAUGCACGAGUCGAGGCGAGUCUGAAGCAUGAGAUCACGCGACUCACCAAUGAGAACCUGGAACGAAUGGAGCUGCAAGAAAAACAAGACAAUACCAUACGGAAGUUGAAAAAGCAGCUCAAGCUCUAUAUGAAAAGAGUUGAAGACUUGGAAGCAAGCACUCAGCAAACAAAUAGCAGCUCUGUGAUGUGCACUCCCGUCAGGGCAGUGCACAUCACCCGCAAGGAGAAGGAGUACCAGGGCAUGCUGGAGUACAGUGAGGCCAACGUGAGCCGCUUGCUCAAGAAUCUGGUCAUCGAUCUGAAGCCUCGGGGCGUGGCGGUCAGCUUCACCCCGGGGCUCCCGGCCUACAUCAUCUUCAUGUGCCUACGGUACGCUGACAACGCCAAUGACGACAAGAGAGUCAGCGCUCUGCUCAAUUCAUCCAUCAGCUGCAUCAAAGGAGUCAUUAAGAGGAAAGAGGAUUUUGAAGCGGUGUCCUUCUGGCUGGCCAACACGUGCAGGUUAAUGAACUGUCUAAAGCAGUACAGCGGAGAUGAGGUGUUCAUGGCUCAUAACACUCCAAAGCAAAAUGAACAGUGCCUGACUAAUUUUGAACUGUCAGAGUAUCAUCAGCUGUUUGGUGACCUGGCAAUACAAAUUUACCGCCAGCUCAUCAAAUGCAUGGAGAACACCCUGCAGCCCCUCAUAGUGGCGAGCAUGCUGGAGAACGAGGCCAUUCAGGGAGUUUUAGGGUCCAAGCCGACAGGCCUGAGGAAGAGAAGCUCCAGCUUCCCCGAGGAGGCUGUGACUGUGGAGGUCCUCCUGCAGAGGCUUAGCUACUUCCACACCACCAUGAGCCAGCAUGGAGUGGACUUGGAUCUCAUCAAACAGGUGGUCAAGCAGCAGUUUUAUCUCAUCUGUGCGGUCACACUCAACCACCUGCUGCUGCGGAAGGACAUGUGCUCCUGGAGCAAAGGCCUGCAGAUCAGGUACAACGUUUGGCAGCUGGAGGAGUGGCUGAUGGAGAGGGAGCUGUCAGAGUGUGGAGCAAAGGAGACUCUGGAACCUCUGGUACAGGCUGCACAGCUUCUGCAGAUCAAGAAAAGCACUGAGGCCGACGCCCGAGCAAUCUGCAGCAUGUGCACUGCCCUCACCACGCCACAGAUUGUUAAAGUGCUGACUUUGUACACCCCAGUCAUUGAGUUCGAAGAGCGAGUGCCACCCACGUUCAUCACAGCCAUUGAAAACCUUUUGAAAGACAGAGAUGAGUCAUCCACCCUGAUGAUGGACACCAAGCAGAUCUUCUCUGUUUCUGUCCCAUUCACACCUUCCUCUGUGGCUCUGGAGACACUCCAGAUUCCUGCCAGCCUCAAUCUGGGUUUCCUCACGCGUUUUAACAGAGUGUGGAUACCAGAUGCUGAACAUGUUUGGAGAUCAGCAGAAAUUACAAAAGAUUUCCAUCCCGGGGAAAAUGUUCUUCAGCUUCUUCUGGAAGAUGGCACCGAGUACGUGUACCCUGUCGAUCCAUCCAAACCUCAGCUGCCUCCUCUUCGAAACCCAGACAUCUUGGUGGGGGAGAACGACCUGACGGCUCUCAGCUACCUGCAUGAGCCUGCCGUUCUGCACAAUCUCAAAGUGCGAUUUGUGGAGUCCAGAAUCAUCUACACCUACUGUGGUAUCAUUCUGGUGGCUGUAAAUCCUUAUAAACAGCUCCAUAUUUAUGGAGAUGCAAUCAUUCACGCCUACUCGGGCCAGAACAUGGGAGACAUGGACCCUCAUAUAUUUGCAGUGGCAGAGGAGGCGUACAAACAGAUGGCCAGAAACCACAAGAACCAGUCCAUCAUUGUCAGUGGGGAAUCUGGGGCCGGCAAAACGGUCUCUGCUCGGUACGCUAUGAGGUACUUCGCUGUUGUGAGCAAAUCUGGAAGUAAAACUCGAGUAGAGGACAAAGUGCUGGCAUCCAAUCCAAUUACAGAGGCAAUAGGAAAUGCAAAAACCACUCGGAAUGACAACAGCAGCCGCUUUGGAAAAUAUACAGAGAUUAGCUUUGACAGGAGGUACCGCAUCAUGGGAGCCAACAUGAGGACCUACCUCUUAGAGAAAUCCAGGGUGGUUUUUCAGUCAGACAAUGAGCGCAAUUACCACAUAUUCUACCAGAUGUGUUCCUGUGCAGACACACCCGAGUUCAAGGACCUCAGACUGUUGAGUGCAGAUGAAUUCAGGUACACCUGCAUGGGGGGUGCCAUAACCAUCGAAGGUGUGGAUGACAGGAGGGACAUGGAAGAGACUCGGCAGACCUUCUCCCUGCUGGGGCUGAAGGAGGACUUUCAAUCUGACGUGUUCAAAGUUCUGGCGGCGAUUCUCCAUUUGGGAAAUGUCGAAAUUAAGAGGCUGGGGGACGAUAGGUCAUCAGUUCCUCCCAGCGACCCCCACCUGCCCGUCUUCUGUGACCUGUUGGGCGUAAGUGCUGAGCAGCUGGUGCGCUGGCUGAGUAACCGCAGGAUCGUUCUGGUGGCAGAAACGGUUGUGAAGCCGGUGUCCAAGGAGCGAGCGGUGACCGCCAGGGAUGCCUUAGCUAAGCAGAUCUAUGCCCAUCUGUUUGACUGCAUUAUUAACAGGAUCAACACAGCGCUGCAGAUUCCUGGAAAGCAACACGCUUUCAUCGGAGUUCUGGACAUUUACGGAUUUGAAACAUUUGACAUCAACAGCUUUGAGCAGUUUUGUAUUAACUAUGCAAACGAAAAGCUCCAGCAGCAGUUUAACCUGGUACGUAGCACCAUCGUCUGGGAUCCUUCCUGCGCUCUGAAAGCACCACUUGUUCAACUCAAGAGGCUUAUAUGUCGUGCCUUUUACCAGCAUGUGUUCAAGCUGGAGCAAGAGGAGUACAUGAAGGAGGACAUCCCGUGGACACUGAUUGAUUUCUACGACAAUCAGCCCGUUAUUGACCUGAUUGAGGCAAAGAUGGGGAUCCUUGACUUGCUUGAUGAAGAAUGUUUAUUUCCUCAAGGCACAGACCAGAGCUGGCUCCAGAAGCUGUACAGCUACAUAGGUGCCAGUCCUUUGUUUGAGAAGCCCAGGUUAUCCAAUGAGGCAUUUGUCAUUCAACACUUUGCAGACAAGGUGGAAUAUCAGUGCAGAGGUUUCCUGGAUAAGAACCGGGAUGCUCUCUAUGAAGAGCUGGUGGACACGAUGAGAGCCAGCAAGUUUUCAUUUCUGGCCAACUUUUUCCAAGAGGAGGAGCAACACCCUGCAGCCAGUAAUGGCGUCAGAGUGAAGCCUGCCCGGCCUUCACUGAAACCAGCCAACAAACAGCUGAGAACAUCAGUGGGAGAUAAGUUCCGCAGCUCGCUGUCGUUGCUGAUGGAGACGCUGAACGCCACCACCCCUCACUACGUGCGCUGCAUCAAGCCCAAUGAGGAAAAGCUCCCAUUUGAAUACGACUCCAGGAGAGUAGUGCAGCAGCUGCGAGCCUGCGGCGUCCUUGAAACCAUCCGUAUCAGCGCUCAAAGCUACCCCUCCAGAUGGACGUAUAUUGAGUUCUACAGCCGAUACAGUGUCCUGAUGUCCCAUCUGGAGGCAGACCUCAGGGACAAGAAACAAACCUGCAAAGAUGUGCUGCAGAGGCUCAUCCAGGACUCAAACCAGUACAAGUUUGGCCGCACAAAGAUCUUCUUCCGAGCCGGCCAGGUAGCUUAUUUGGAGAAGCUGCGGCUGGAUCGACUUCGAGGGGCCUGUGUGACCAUCCAGAAGCGUGUCCGUGGGUGGAGCCAGAGGAGGAAGUAUCUGAGAAUGAGAGAGGCCGUCAUUGUGCUGCAACAAUACAUAAGAGGACAGAGGACAGUCCGCAAAACAGUGACUGCUGCGGCGCUCAAGCAGGGCUGGGCAGCAGUGGUGGUCCAGAGAUACUGGAGAGGAUACCGCAUGAGGCAGAUCUACCUGACGGUCCGCCUGGCCUCCCUGACCAUCCAGGCUUUCACCCGAGGCUGGAUGGCGCGGAAGUGGUACAGGAAGAUGGUCGAAGAGCACAAAGCUCUGGUGUUGCAGAAGUACGCCAGAGCGUGGCUGGCACGCCGGCGGUUUCAGACCAUGCGUCGGCUGGUACUCAACGUCCAGCUUUCCUACAGGGUGCAGCAGCUCAGAAAGAAGAUCGAAGAGCAGAACAAGGAGAACCGAGGAUUGAUGGAAAGACUGACCAGCCUGGCCAACUCCCAUUCUCAAACCCAGGAAAGACUUCAGGGCCUAGAGGCACAGAUGGAAAAAUCCACCAACCUGAAAGCGUCGUUGGAGGCAAGCGAGAGAAAAGCCAGAGAAGACGCUGGUUUGACAAUAGCUCAGCUUCAGAAGGAGAUACAAGCAGCAAAGCUGGAAAAGCAGAACCUGGAGAAAGUCCUAGAAACAUCCAUGAAAAAGGCCAAAGAGAAUUUUGAUCAAGUAAAAAGCUAUCUUUUGGAAGAGAAGGAAAGCGAGGCAAGGCUUAGAAAGAUUGCAGAGAACAACAUGGAAAUCCAGAGAGAGGACCACGAUUGUGAGGUGGAGGCCCUGAAAGAAGAGAUCAAACGGUUGAAAGAGGAGAGAGUGAGUCUGCAGAGGAAGAUAGAGGAAGGGGCGCUGGUGAACUCUGACCUGCAGGAGCAGCUCGUUCAGCUCACCAAGCACGUCAAAGUCAUCCCAGAGCUGCGCAGAGAUCUGAACAACCUUCAAAACGAGAAGAAUAACAUGGACCGAAAGAUGAAAGAACAGUCUGAACAAGCGAGAGAUAGAAUGACGGACAUUAUCAGAAGGCUUCUUGGAGAUGUUGUUGAAGAGGAAGUUCUUCUGGGCAUAACUCCAGAUGAUUCUGAGAAGAUUUAUGAACUGGGCGAUUUGCUGGCUGCCUUUGAGGGCCUUCAGAAAGCUACAAGGAUUCUGGAGAACCACCAGAGGGAGCAGAGGGAGAGCUACGAGACUCAGGUGGAGGGCUUGAGGCUGAGAGUGGACCACCUUCAAAACGAGAACAGCAAGCUGCAAAACCUGUUCCAGGAGAAGAGUAAUGUCAACGAAAACAUCCGCCAGGAGGUGUCUAGGCUCAGCAGUGAGAACUCGGUCAUUCCAGAGCUCAGGCUGCAGGUUUCUGAGCUGCAAAGGCAAAAGCAGGAGCUGGAGGCUUAUGUCAACAAGCAGGAGAGAGAGUUAGCGGAGAAAAACAAGGAGCUCACAAGCACUCAUCAGAGGAGGGUUACAGAAGAGAGCGCACAACGCCGCUGUUUUGAGGAGAAAGCCACAGAGCUUGAAGAGGCAAAGGGCGAGCUUCAAGCUAGAGUGGAGGAGCUGGAGGAAGAAAACGAUCACCUGAAGAGACAGCAGCUGAUGGAGGGGGAAGCGAGGAGGAAACUGAGGGAGGAGACGUCACGCUUAACUGCUGAGAACAUGGACUUUGAGGAGCUGCUCGACCAGAGAGACAGAUUGAUAAAGAAACUUCAGAGCCAAAUCAUGAGCAUUGAAACAUCCCAGAGAGCAAAACAAAACACCUCAUCUCCAAUCCCCAAAGAAUACCUCGGCAUGUUGGAAUACAGGAAAGACGAUGAAGCCAGACUCAUUCAAAACAUCAUUCUGGAUCUGAAACCUAAAGGUGUGGUGGUCAACAUGAUCCCCAGCCUGCCAGCUUACAUCCUCUUCAUGUGCGUUCGCCACGCUGAUUACCUGAAUGACGGGGCCAAGCUCAAGUCUCUCAUGAACGCCAUCAUUAGUGCUGUUAAAAGGGUCAUCGUGAGUCACCACAAAGACCUGGAGUUGCUGUCCUUCUGGCUCUCAAACACACACCAGUUGCUCAACUGUCUGAAGCAGUACAGUGGGGAAGAAGAUUUCCUGAAACAAAGUACUCCUCGUCAGAAAAAGAACUGCCUCCAGAACUUUGACUUGUCGGAGCACAGACAGAUCCUCAGUGACCUGGCCAUUCACAUCUACCAUCAGUUCAUCACAGUCAUGCAGAAAAGCCUUACUCCAGCCAUUGUACCUGGUAUGCUGGAGCACGAGAGUUUACAGGGGAUUUCCAGCAUGAAACCAACGGGCCUCAGGAAGCGCUCCAACAGCACCUAUGAGGACUCAGAGGCAUACACCAUCUCCUCCAUCCUCCAGCGCUUCUCCGUCUUCCACUCCACCAUGAGCCAUCACGCCAUGGACCAGGGCCUCAUCAAACAGGCCAUCAAGCAGCUGUUUUUUGUCGUGGGCGCCACCACCUUCAACCACAUCCUGCUCCGAAAAGACAUGUGCUCCUGCAGGAAAGGAAUGCAGAUCAGAUGUAACAUCAGUUACCUGGAGGAGUGGCUGAAAGAGAAGGAACUUCAGAGCUCCAAUGCCAUCGAUACUCUGAGGCCGCUGGCUCAGGCGGCCUGGCUGCUGCAAGUCAACAAGUUAACUGACGACGACGCCAAAGAGGUGGCCGAAAAAUGCACCGAACUCAACCCUGUUCAGAUUGUGAAGAUUUUAAACUCCUACACACCUAUAGAUGACUUUGAGAAAAGAGUGCCUUCAUCAUUUGUCCGCCAAGUUCAGUCAUUACUUCAAGAUCGUGAAGGGUCUACGCAGCUGAUGCUGGACUCAGAUUAUCGUUUCCAGGUCACGUUUCCCUUCAGCCCGUCCCCACAGGCUCUGGAGCUGCUGCAGGUCCCGAGCAGCCUCCAUCUGGACUUCCUGACCAGGAUCUGACACCGCCGGCCCUUGACCUCUAUGGAUCACCUGUACUCUGCCCGCUUUUACCCACAUCUGCUGCUCUAAAGAACCCUUUCAACAGAAAAUAUCCCGCACAUACUUGAAGUUCUGGAGCAGAGAAAAAGUUAUAAGCAAUGUACCACAAGUCUUACCACUAAACCUAGGUUAUAUGAAUUCAUGUUUUUUUUUCUUCCCAAUACUUUGUAAAAGAAUAAGUCCAUUCAUUAUUUUUCAACCAAUUAUUUAAAGUUUAGAAUAGUCAUUUAUUUGUUUGUGAGGUUAUUAUAUGUUUUAAGUUUGGUCAAUUUUUACUGUUUUGAUUACUGAUGAAAAACAACUGAAUGUUAUUAACGAUCAACAAUAUAUGUGGUUUCAAAGCUGCUUUGUCAAGCGGAAAUGUUUAUUGUAUGUGUAUAUUUAAUAUGACUAAAACAGAAGGUAAAAUAUAUGAAGUAUUUGAAAAUCUAACGAUGCAAAUAAUAAUCAAGGAACCUUUUUUGGACUGUUUAUUACAUUUAUCUCAUAUGACUCCAUCAGGUGUAUGAUUCUUAAAAUUUUAUUAAAGUAUUUAAUAAUUUGAUUGUAUGUGAGCGUCUACCCUUUUCUUUCUUUCUUUUUUU